AUGGGUAAGAGAAAGCUUAACGCCAAGGACCAGGAGAAGAAGAAGAAAGCCAAGCAAGAGCAGGACUUGGAGCUUUCCUCAGGCUUUUUCAACUCAGUCAACAAACCACUGCAUCAGGACUGGGAAAACGAGGAACAAGAUUAUGAGUUGAAACCUCGUUCUGUAAAGUCUGUCAAUGUCACCGAAGGUUUACCAAUUAAGCGUUCGGAUGGUAAGAUAGAAAGAGUUGUUUACGAAAAGACAAAGAAGGAUGAAGAACCCAAAGAGGAAGAGCCUGAAGCUAAGGAAGUCAAUGAACCAGAACCCGAAGUCGAACAAGAGCAAGAAGAAGAAGACGAAGACGCCCAUCUCACCCCACAAGAACGUCUCUUUAAGAUUAAGGAAGAGAUUGCUGAUCUUGCCUCCAAAUUGAUGGAGGAUCCAGAAGAAAAUUACCAGUGUUUCACUAGAUUGCGUAAAAUGUCUGAAUCGAAAAACAUAGUGACGAGUCAGUUGGCCAUCAUGGCCUUGAUCCCUGUUUUCAAAUCUUUGGCACCAACUUACCAAAUAAGACCAUUGACUGAUGCAGAAAAGAGAGAAAAGGUCAGUAAAGAGGUUGCCAGACUCAGAUCUUUUGAACAAGCUUUAGUGACAAACUACAUUCUCUAUGUGGACAAUCUUGCUAAGUUGGCAAAGGUAUCUCACUCAAACUCCCAAAACAGUAAAAAAGUCACUCCUGAACAGGUCAAGAAGGGGUUAUUGGCAACCAAGGCCGCUUGUGAGCUUUGUCUCUCAUCAUUGCGUCACUUUAACCAUCGUUCUGAGGUCUUUGCUAUAGUCAUCCGUCGUCUUAAUAGAAAACCAACUAAUGCUGAUGAUUUGGAUGCAUUUUCCAGAUGUGUUAGGGUGUUGGAAACAUUAUUGAAAGAUGACGAGGAGAAUGGAGAUAUAUCGCAUGAAGUCGUUAGACUCUUGAGUAAGUCAAUCAUUGAUAAAAAGUUCAGAGUGGAUGAAUCAGUCGUCAAUAUCUUUUUGAGUCUCUCUGUCUUGGAAGAUUAUGACCCAAAUAAUAAUAGAGAUAUUCCUAAGAAAAAGAUAACAAAGAAGGACAGAGUGCAUUUAUCUAAGAAGGAAAGAAAGGCUCGUAAGGAACGUAAAGAAAUCGAAGAAGAAAUGAGAAAGGCUGAACAGGCACUUACUGUGGAAGAAAGAGAAAAAUUCCAAGCUCAGGUAUUGAAGAUGCUUUUAACCCUUUACUUACAAAUCUUGAAGGCAGGCACCCAUACUCUUGAUUCCACUAAGAAUGAUGCUAGUCAUUUGAUGGCAGCUGUCUUGGAAGGAUUGUCUCGUUUCGGACAAAUGGCCAACUUGGACUUACUUGGAGAUUUCCUUGAAGUCCUCAGAGAAAUCAUGACAGAUAUAAUACAGGAACACUCUAUCCUGAAUGAUGAUGAUGAUGAAGAAGUUGGUGGUCUUUACAGCGGCAGACAAGUCAGAACUGUUUUGCUUUGUAUUGCCACUUCCUUUACCUUAUUGCUCAACCAUGCUUCCACCGGAAAAUUACCAAUGUCUAUUGAUCUUUCCAAGUUCAUAUCAUCACUCUAUGGUCUUUUGACAGACUUGUCGCUAGAUGCUGACUUGGAAUUCAGUCACAAGUCGCUUCGUUUGGCCGAUCCCCUCUCACAAUCUGAAUUUGACAAGCCAGCAGUUAAUGUGUCGACUAAAUCCGAGCUUCUUUUGAGAUGUCUCGAUUUCAUCUUCUUCCGUUCGAAGAAUGGUACCGUUCCACGUGCCACAUCUUUCACCAAGCGUCUUCACAUGUCUAUUCUCCACACCCCAGAGAAGACCUCAUUGGCUACUUUAAAGUUCAUCGGAAAGCUCACUGCUAGAUACGAUAAUGCUAUCAAGGGAUUGUGGAACACAGAAGAAAGAAUCAGUGGUGAAGGUUCCUAUGUCCUUGGAAUUGAACGUUUGGACAGAGAGGUGGAGUUGGAAAGAUCCAACAGUGGUGCCGCUACAUUGUGGGAGAAUGUGUUGUUGGACAAGCACUAUUGCCCAAUGGUCAGGGAUGGGUCUCGUUCUUUGAUGAAAAACAGUAAGGGUAAGUAGGGACCUCAUGGUUUAUGUAUAGAUCCU